AUUGGGUUAUUCCAUGUGUGGAGCCUGUUAAGUGAAGCUUAUGUGUUAAAUAGCACUUUGGCCAAUCUAGACUAGUGGUGAGCAAAGUGCAAGUAUGGUCUCCCUAUGAGGCUUAGUUAUGGGUAGGGUAUGAGUCCUACCCGUAUCUUGAAAAUUUUGGAUUCUGAACUUUUAAAAGUUGGAAGUAUGGGAGCCCCUGGUGGAGCCAUUCGAUGGAAUAUUUAAGUAAAUUCUUUAUUGCAUCACCUGUAAUUUGGGUUUUUUACAAAUAAUUACACAAUCCUGACAUAGAUUUAUUUUCCUUUGCUAAUCAUCCUUUUUUCCCCUUUAAAGGUUUGAAACGUAUGAGACCAAUGCCCAUGCACUAUCCAGACUAGGAAAGAGAAUGCAUAUUGCUGCUACUAAUAUUGUGAAUAUAAAUGUCAUUGUAGAGACCAUUCCUUCAUGGAGGAGACAGUUAAUGCUUGAACGGAGAACAACCAAGCUAAUUAAGGAGGCAGAUAGGCAUUCUAGACAAGGAGAAGAUCAAACCUUUUCUGCACUGGAUGAAGAUGAUUUUCAGACUGUAGUAGCAGAGAGUAAACUUGGGCAUGAUUUGUUUUCUAAGAAAGUUUGAGCAGAACUCUAACAUAGUUGAACAAUUACAUCAUGGUGACCGUGCUUCAGUUUGGAUUCCACCUGCAAUGUUUUCAGAUCGCUUAAAUCCAGUGGCCUGUGCUUUCUGUUGCAGGCUUGUAGCAUUCAAGUUCAAAUUUUAAUGCAAACCCAGCUAUCUCCGACCUUAUGUUGAUUUUUAUCAGCCACAGCUACUACACACCAGAAAGGUUAAAGAAAAAGGUGAAAAUGAUUCUUCUUAGAAGUAGAUGUACUGUGAAACACAUUAAUUAUCAUCAUAUUUAAAAGAAUGAGGUUGUGGGUUUUCGGUCUGGAGCUUUUUUUGGUCCAUCUGAACUGAAAGAAAAAUAAUGUUGUUUUGUUCUG